AUGCAGAUCGUCAAAGAACGUAUUGUUAGUCCUAGUCAAAUCGAUGAUGAGUACCUUUGCCCAAUAUGUUAUCACCUUCUCUGGAAACCGGUGGAAUGUCAAAACUGUCAACGAUUAUUUUGCAAAUCGUGUAUUGACGAAUGCUUACAGGAGAAGCCUGAUGCUUGUCCACUCUGUCGGCACUAUGUUGAGAAACGUUGUUCGCCAAUGUUCUACGCAUUACUAUCGAAAUUCAAAAUCGAAUGUGAAAACAAAAUCAAUGGUUGUGAACAAGUUUCAACGUACGAAACACUUGAAAGACAUCAAAAUGCCGAAUGUCAAUAUAAAAUGAAAACAUGCCGUGGUUGUGAAAAGAAUGUUUUAGAAAAAGAAUUUUUACAACACGAACGUUCCUGUGGCCAGGUCAAAAUCGAAUGUACACGUUGCAAGCGAGUUUAUAAACAAAAACAAAAGCAUGAACAAAUGGAAUGCUUGAUCAACAUGUUGGACACAAGUAACAAAAGAGGCGAACGUUUAGAAAGCAAAAUCGAACAUUUAGAACAGUACGUUCAAGAAUUAGAAACAACAUUGCACUUGUAUAUCGUCGGUGGAUUUGGUGGUGGUGUUGUGCAUGAUGUUUCGAUAGCAUCCUUGCCCACAUCAUGGGAUAUCAUCUAUGAUUUUAACUACGGUCAUGUGACAACAGUUGAUGAACUACGAGCAUUGCGAUCGCGAUGUAAAAAACAAAUUAUUGUUGGAGCUAUACAAGGAAAUUCAUCGAAUGUAUUGAGAAUAGCAGCGAUGGGACCAUCGGACAUCUUGCUAUUGGAUAGUCCAUUGAAUGAGCCGACAAAAUUCGGAAAUGUUAAUUGGUAUUUAACACCGAAUUAUUCAUUUGGAUUUGCACCAGCGUGUUCGACGAUAAAUUGUAAUUGUGCAGAUUAUAACGAGAGAGAAAAUUCCGAUAAUCGAUUAAGUUGGCACUUAAGUGGCGAUGGUGGUUAUCGAGCGGGUGUAUUCAAAGAUCUUGUUCAUAAUACAGAUUGGAGAAAGAUUAUCAUGGCAGAAAAAUAA